AUGGGGAAAGUAGAGGCGGCCGAGAAUGGCAUUGAGCAAAUGCUGAUACCAAACGACAUGAUUACCCAGGACGAAAAUGGGGUUCCUAUCGAAACCGAGAGCAAACUGGCCAUACUCGCCGGGGAACCGGGUCAACUCGUACCAUUCGGCAUUGCUUUCAACUGGGAGGAAAUAAAAGGCACCAAGGAGUACACAAAGGAGACGCUCCAAGAAAGGGUCAAGUUUUUAGUGGACAAGGCAACUAAGGCGGCCAUCGAGGCUGGCCAAUAUCUCAAGUCGGAUUCGCCUGGAGCGGCGGAAGCGAUAGGAGAGAGGCUCGCUACGGCAAAGAUAUGCGCCGAGGGAGUUGGUCAUCUCCACCGACGGAGCACGUGGGUUGACUAUGAAGAGUUUGACUCGGCGUAUAAGCAAUACGCCGACACGCGCAAGAUCGACGCUGAAUUCCGCAAGCUGAAACUGACCAAGGCCAUCGAGUCACAAAAGAGAAUAGUGACCGAAACUACAGCAAAGGUAAAAGUCGCCGCCGAAAAGGCUUCCGCCAUUGCCGAAGGCCAGCAGGCCAUACAGGAGAGCAAGAAACUGCUCCAGACAGCCGAGGCCGAAGCGGCGGGUCUCAAAACAGCCUAUGAUAAAGUGUACGCGAUUCUAGAUCACUUGGAUGGUGGAGAGGAUCCAGAGCACAUAAAAGUCUUGGUAGAGAACCCUCGAGCUGUCUGGGCCAAACUGGAAGAAGCUUUUACUUCCAUGAACCGAAAACCAGUCGCGUCAUUGGACACUGCUAUAACAGACGAGGCGGCCAUCGCUAAGGACGAGUAUACCAUCUUUCAAGGUGCCGUCGACGAGGCCAAGGCUACCGUCAGCGAUAUGGAAAAAGCGUUACUCGAAGUCUCUGGAGCCGAGCCAACGCCCGAAGGGAAAGAGACUGCGGGAGAGCAAGAGCAGGGAGAGAAGGGGGCCAGUGAGAGAAAGCAGAAAGAGGAGGAGGCCAGGAAGAUCAAACAGAAAGAGGAAGAGGAGCGCCAGGCAGCAAGACAGAAGGCCGUUGACAGUGCCGAGAGGCUGAAGAGUAGCUCGAACAACGGAGCCUGGGCACGAGAUGCUUUCAUCGGUGCCGCUGCAGGAAUCAGUACCCUCACUGCCGCGGCUUUCGCGACGAGUGCCGCGAUCGGAGGUGCCGGAGGCGUGGCCGCCGGAAGCGCGGCCGCCGGCGGGACGGCUGCUGGAGGUUUAGCCCUCUUGAGCGCUGCAGAGAGCAUCUCCGUCACGAUUCCCGAGGUUGCGCAGGUCAUUGCCGAGAUCGACUCGGAUAUGGCCCUCGAAAUACUCCUGGAAUCGGCACCUCGUCCCCCUACGUCAUUAGGUCCGCCUGUCCCCAAGGGCACACUAGACGGCCCACAGCUGGGCAGACGGAGCUCCAUCCUCUCGAGGGACUUGUCCUCGGACAAGGAGUGGGUGUUCCAGGCGAUAGGGCCGGCCUUUGAGCGCGCAUUUCUCGAGGCUUGCAUGAUUUCGAUUGGGAUAGCCCGUCAUACCAUGGCCAUAUAG